GUACCAUCGAUUGCGCGAUUCGGGCCGAGAUCGUGCGCGGGAUCAGUCAGUUCGCACCAAAAGCUGGUUCAAAAGCGCGUAACACUCACUUUUUUUCACCAAAAUUUCAGUGAACAGUGAUUUAGUGACUGGAAAUAGCAGAAUUGAAAAAUGAAACCUUUGAAGACAUUCCUAGGAUUUGCGAGUCUCCGAACGGGAACUCUCGUGGCUGGAGUGGCCGGAAUUAUUGUGGCAAUAAUUGGGAUCAUUGUAAUUUACACAGUCCAAGUAGAAUUCAAAACGAUAGUUUUGGAUUGGCUUCCACAGGAUGUUGUUCGUAUCGUAAUUGUGAUUAAUUUCGCGAUGGCUAUUCUUAUUUCAAUACUUUUAAUCGCAGGGACUUUAAAGAGAAACGCAUUCUUGAUGAUGCCUUGGGUAAUUCUAGCCAUUAUGUUGGCAAUAGGUAUAUUAGUUUCGGUGAUUUACACCGCCGUUCAAUUUUAUAUUAAUGGGAAAUCAACAGAGGGUACAUUAUGGAUUGUUUUGGGCAUCAUUGCAGUUAUUAUUUACGUCUACAUGUGGCUUGUGGUCUUCAGUUACUUCACUUUUAUUCGGGAAGAAACCAAACGUGGGGCUUAUAUUAAAGAUCCGUUCCGACGGCACUAUUAGGAAAAACUGUGUGUUUUUAUUCAACCAAAGACAGAGAAUUGUUUGACGGAGUUAAUUUUAGUUAAAACUAGUCUAAAAAAAUGUGAAAUGUGUAACACGAUUUGUUGUUGAUGAUAUUAUUGCAAGAUAUUAAUUUUUUAUGACGUAGGUUUUAGUCUAUUUAUUAUUGUUGAAAUAAUCUGCUAAUCCACUUUAAUAAAUGUUUAUUUUGCUA